AUGUCAAUUGAUACAACUAGCAGAGCAUCAGUGAGUACGAUCGAAGAUUCACCACAGAGUUUGUGCCGAAUUUGUGGUGCUAACGCUGAUGGGCCACAUUUUGGUGCUUAUGCUUGUAGGGCUUGUAAGUACCGUAUUAUACAUAUUUAGAGCCAAAACGGGUGGGUAGGGUAGGGUAGGGUAGGGUAGAGUAGGGUAGGGUAGGGUAGGGUAGGGUAGGGUAGGGUAGGGUAGGGUAGGGUAGGGUAGGGUAAUUUUAUUUGAAAAAUUGGUUUUUCAGGCAGUGCCUUCUUCCGUCGAUCAAUAGUGGAACAUCGUCGGUACAAAUGUAAUCACAAGGGCAAAUGUUCCGUGAAUUCAGGUAAAAUAGACGCCUAACUGAUAAGAUUUAUAUUUGUAUAUUUAGAUGUACGAAACUCAUGCAGAAGCUGCCGCUACGCCACGUGUUUGGCUGUUGGAAUGAAAGCUGAUAGUACGGUAUUAAAAGUUUAUGAUUUUUAUCUUAUAAAGAGCAUUUGCGAGUAAGCUAAGAUGAGCAAAAGGUAGACUAAGUAAGUGUGUAACAGGCUGCAAAGUAAGCCUAAGGCACGGUAUGGCACGACAGGCUACAGUAGGUCGCGGGUUUAUGCUACGGGCUAAGGUUUGAGCUAGCGUUAGAACUAGAGCUCUAGGCUACGGCUCUAAACUCGGGCUCGGGGCUGGCGCUCUGGGCUAGGGCUCUGGGCUAGGGCUCUGGGCUAGGGCUCUGGGCUAGGGCUAGGGCUAGGGCUAGGGCUAGGGCUAGGGCUAGGGCUAGGGCUAGGGCUAGGGCUAGGGCUAGGGCUCUGGGCUAGGGCUCUGGGCUAGGGCUCUGGGCUAGGGCUCUGGGCUAGGGCUCUGGGCUAGGGCUCUGGGCUAGGACUCUGGGCUAGGGCUCUGGGCUAGGGCUCUGGGCUAGGGUUCUGGGCUAGGGCUCUGGGCUAGGGCUCUGGACUAGGCUUAUAUAACUAUCACUACAACAUCAAAAUUCUAGAAGUCCAACGACCGCGAGACCUAAACCGUAACAUAACCAGUCGAAGACCAGCAAAGCGGGUUCCAAAACCAGUCAACAAGCCUAUACCUAUUACAAGUGUACUAUCAAGACUAGAAGCCGGCUACAAUUACUAUCAGAUAGCCCAUAAAUCCAUAUUUUCAGCCAAAUUUCCAGAAAAUGUGCUACAAGAUAAAGAAGAAAUGAUGGUGUUAACAGUAGAAGAUAAGGUCAAGAUUGACUGUGACGUGUUACCUACAUUGUACAAGGUUCUGAGAGAUUACUUUUGUUGUUAUGUUAAAAUUGGACAGGAACAUAAGGUAAAAAAUGGCAGGGCUGUUUCAAAAAAAAAUUUUUUUAAAUUUCGAAAAAGCGCAAGAACUUGGUUUACAGCACAAAAAAAUAAAAAAAAAAUUUUUGAAAAAAAUGCAAAAACUUUGUUUACAGAAAAAAAGUGUUUUUAAAAUGCAAAAACUUUCUUUACAAAAAAAAAUUUUAAAAAAUGCUAAAACUUUCUUUACAAGAAUUUUUUUUAGAUUGAACUCCUAACUCAGUUUUUUCAAUACAUCCGGACCUUAGAAUCCGCCUACCUUACCUCAAUCAUAUUCCCAGAUCAACCAGAUGCUGUGGCCUUCUCGAGAAGCGACUAUUGUGAUAGAAAAAGCUUGGCUAUCAGAUUUAAAAAUACCAUUGAUCCAGGGCAGAGGAUAAAGUAAGAAGUGUAUAAUUAAGCUUGAGCUUUUGGUGUAAGGAUAAGAUAGGGUAGGGUAGAGUAUAAAAGGAUGGAUCAGAUCAGGUAUAAUGGGAUAAAGUAGAGCAAAGAAGAAGAGUUGGGUAGAGUAGGGUAGAGUAAGAUAGGGUAGGGUAGGGUAGGGUGAGGUAGAAUAGGGUAGGAUAGGGUAGGGUACGUUAGACUAAGGUAGGGUAGGGUAGGGUGAGGUAGGCUAAGGUAGGGUAAGGUAUGACAGAGUUAGGUAAAGUAGUUUUAAAAUUUAGUCAUCAUUUAUGUAGAUUACGUCAUAUUACACAACGUAUAAAAUUUUUGUCAUCAUCUUACUAAUUGGUUACUACUGGAAUAAGAACAGGACUAGAGCCACCCAAAGGCUAUUUUACAAAAGGAAUCAUUGUUUAUUUCCAGAACUUUCACCCCAGCCAGACUCCAACUGGUCAGAGUAAUUCAAAAAGUGAAACGAUUGAAAAUGGACCAAACGGAAAUGUUGCUUUUGUUGGCUAUAAUGAUCAACAGAGAUAGUGAGUAAAUUUUAUAUACUUAUAUUGUAAAAUACGCCCGGUGAUUUUAUUUUGGUUUUUUUAUCAGUGGAAGUUGAGUGGAAGAUUUGUAAUGUAUUUUGCACUAAAAAUCUCCCACCAAACUUUUAUUUUUAAAAAAGUCUUAAAAUGACUUAAAAACGACUUUUUGACUCUUUUAAGAAGUGGAAGUUUGGUGGAAGAUUUUCAGUGAAAAAUACAUUACAAGUCUUCCACCAAACUUCCACUCUCAAAAAGUGUCAAAAACACAUUUCAAGCCAUUUUAAGACUUUUGAAAAAUGGAAUUUCAGUGGAAGAUUUUCAGUGCAAAAUACAUUACAAAUCUUCCACUCAACUUUCAUUUUUAAAAAACAAUUUUUUAACAAUUUUUUGGUUUUGUAAAGAAAGUUCUUGUAGUUAGUAAACAAAAAUUUUGGUUUUUUUAAACGACAUAUCUUUAGUCUACGAGAAGCACCAAACAGAACCAGUAACAGAAGAAAGAGAAAAAUUGCACCAAGAAUUGUACCAACAUUGCCAAAGCAAAGGCCAAGAUAAGGCUGAAAUACGAUAUGUUCAACUACUUUUGAUGGUACGAGACAUAGAAGAAUCAUGUGCAAUUGGCAGAGAGUGCAUAUGCAUGGCUGUCAUCAACGAUGACUUUGUCAAUGAAACUGUCGUGAGGUUGAGACAGAUUAUCGACCAGUCUGGUGAUUAG